CCAACAUUGAAAGCGACUCACCAUCAUCUCCACCUCCGCCUCAGCUCUCAGCAUCCUCUCGCGUCCCUCGACAUCGCUCCAUACCCAGAACAAUAGUUGCAAGCUACCUGGAGCCUCAGCAGAUACUCAGCUACUCACCAGCUUCAUCCGCGCCGCCCGAUCAUACCCCACCUCUCCAUCGUCAUCGCAACACCCUCACCCACGAACCUCACCAAUGUCACGUCGCAAGGCUUUCGAGACGUCUCUUUCUGGCGGAAAGGCAACGACGACCCAGAACCAGAAUCAGGUGGCUCCCGCAUCGAGUGCGUCGCGUCACAACCACAAACAUGAACCGGACCACGACCACAGUGACGACGAUCACAUCCACGCUCCCAAGCCUAUUAAAGUGGGCAAGACGGUAGCUGCUGCCCCGGACGCCGACAGCUCAAUUUGCUUCAUUUGCGCCGAGCCCGUAACCUACUGGGCUGUGGGCACGUGCAAUCACCACGUCUGCCACGUAUGUGCCAUCCGUCUCCGCGUCUUCUACAAGAUGAUAGAAUGUGCGUACUGCAAGACAUUGUGCCCCUCCGUCCUGUUUGCGCGUGAGCAGAAGUCCUUCCCCGACGGGCCUCUCCGCAAGCCGUCCAGCGAGCAGAAAAUUGAACGCGCGCAAGCCGAGUCUGAGAAGCCCGAGAACAAGGGGAAGAAGUGGUACCAGGGCCUCAUUCUUCCGGGCACGCUGGACUUGAAGGAAUUCGAGUUCAAGGACGAGAAACUAGGUGUUGUGUUCGAUGACGAAGAAGUGAUGGAGCAAUCGCUGCUACUUCUCCGCUUCAACUGCCCGUACCCCGACUGCGCGCACAUGUCAAACGGAUGGCAGGCGCUCGAGAAGCACACAUUAGCUGAGCACGGCCUAGUGUUCUGCAAACUGUGCACUAGACAACUAUCACGAUUCUCGCACGAGCAGGUGUUGUAUCCUCCUCACCUGCUUGCCUUGCACGACCCGUCGCGCUUGCAUCGCGGUCAGAAGCCACCGCGUCCCAGGUCGGACAAGGAAAGGGAGCUGGUGAAAUCCUGGGACACGCCGCACCCCAUGUGCGAGUUCUGCCACGAGGCGUUCUUUGGUCCCGACGAGCUGUUCAAACACAUGCGUGAGCGGCACGAGGAGUGCUUCGUGUGCAAGGGAAUGGGCAAUCGUGACGUCUAUUUCCAGAACUACGCCAAGCUGGAGAAUCACUUCAAUCGCGACCAUUUCCCUUGCCCCAACCCCAUUUGCAUUGACAAGAAAUUCCAGGUCUUCGGCAGCGAGCUAGACCUGCGCGCACACAUGAUGGAGGAGCAUGGAGAGCAAAUGUCGCAGCGCGACCGCGCUCAGGCACGUCAAGUGCAUCUCGAUUUCUCAGCCCGCCCGGAGGCUGGGCCAUCUCGCGCGGGAGGUCGCGGAUUCUCUCUGGGCACACGCGAUGCACCGCAGGCGCAACAGCUUGCGGCUCCUCUCAUGAACGACGCGCAGGCCGCUCAGCAGCGGCGCCAGAUUCAGACGGACCGACAGGAGGAGGGCCGCCGCCGUCGAGCAUUCGUCACUGGCCUGACGGACGGCAUUGGGUCUGCAGCGGCAUCGGCUCCUGCCUCUGGUCCAGCCUCGGGCAGGGCCUCGGGCAGGCAGUCGCCUUUGGAGAGCGCCAGUGGGUUCGCUACCCCGCGGGAAGACGUCGACGACGCCACGGCUGCUCGUCACGCGGCGCUUCUUUCGCGCGUGUCCAUGCUGGUGGGCGACUCUCCCACCAAGCUGGCCUCAUUCCGAUCCGCAGUCCGGCAGUUCAAGAACAACGAGUCAAGCGCCAAGGACAUGAUUGACACAUUCUUCUAUGUCCUGGAUCAGGAUCGCGAGGCGACAGCCGGUGUGGGCCGUGAAAUCGCGAACCUCUUCGACUCUGAAGGGGAGCGGGAGAAGCAACAGGCCAUCCUCGCCGCGGUCAACACUUUCCGCAUCCAGCAAGAGGAGCAGUUCCCGGCGCUAGGCGGCGCUCCCACUGGUGUAGGGACCAACUGGGCGGGCGUCUCGUCCGGUCGCAUUCUGUCGGCUAAGCGCGCGACGCACACCGGCCGUGGCAGUUCAAACUCGAACGCCGUGUGGGCGCGUGUCGAGGCUGCCGCAGCACAGCCUCGCGCCACCACUGGAGUGAAUGGUCGCCACGUUCCUGGGGCCACGUCCCAGAGACUGGCGACAUCCAAUUUCCCCUCCCUGGGCGAGGGCAGCUCCUCUCGCUCAGCGACUCACUCCACCCCUUGGGCGGGUGGCGGAGCCGGCUCGUCUUCCAAGACGCCUUCGGCCCUCGCCGGCCCGCAGAUCCGCUCUGUCAACUUCCCCGUGGCCGCCAAGAAGCCCACGAUCAACAAGGCGUCGUUCCCCUCGCUGCCCUCGAGCAGCAAGUCGCGGGCGGAGGAGCGCGCUGCGCUGUUCAGCAAGCCGACGGCGCGCCAGGAGUCGAUCGCGCGCAUCCGAGGCACCGCCCCCACGCCGCCCAACGCCAGCGCCUGGGCGGGGGGCUCUAGCGAUGCCGCUGACGCCGUGGCUAACCUCAACAUUGAGGACGAGGCACCCAAGCCGCAGAGCAAGAAGAAGGGAAAGCAGAAGCAGCUGCUGUUCAGCGUGAGCGCGCGGCCGUAAGGCGCUCGAUAGUUCUUUUGCAUACUGCACAAUGCAUGCCAUGCUGGCAUUAGAAACGAU